AUGUCUCGCCGGAAGCCUGCGUCGGGCGGCCUCGCUGCCUCCAGCUCAGCCCCUGCGAGGCAAGCGGUUUUGAGCCGAUUCUUCCAGUCUACGGGAAGCCUGAAAUCCACUUCCUCCUCCACAGGUGCAGCGGACCAGGUUGACCCUGGCGCUGCAGCGGCCGCAGCGCCCCCAGCGCCCGCCUUCCCGCCCCAGCUGCCGCCACACGUAACUACAGAAAUUGACAGAAGAAAGAAGAGACCAUUGGAAAAUGAUGGGCCUGUUAAAAAGAAAGUAAAGAAAGUCCAACAAAAGGAAGGAGGAAGUGAUCUGGGAAUGUCUGGCAACUCUGAGCCAAAGAAAUGUCUGAGGACCAGGAAUGUUUCAAAGUCUCUGGAAAAAUUGAAAGAAUUCUGCUGCGAUUCUACCCUUCCUCAAAAUAGAGUCCAGACAGAAUCUCUGCAGGAGAGAUUUGCAGUUCUACCAAAAUGUACUGAUUUUGAUGAUAUCAGUCUUCUACAUGCAAAGAAUGCAGUUUCUUCUGAAGAUUCGAAAUGUCAAAUUAAUCAAAAGGACACAACACUUUUUGAUCUCAGUCAGUUUGGAUCAUCAAAUACAAGUCAUGAAAAUUUACAGAAAACUUCUUCCAAAUCAGCUAACAAACGGUCCAAAAGCAUCUAUACGCCGCUAGAAUUACAAUACAUAGAAAUGAAGCAGCAGCACAAAGAUGCAGUUUUGUGUGUGGAAUGUGGAUAUAAGUAUAGAUUCUUUGGGGAAGAUGCAGAGAUUGCAGCCCGAGAGCUCAAUAUUUAUUGCCAUUUAGAUCACAACUUUAUGACAGCAAGUAUACCUACUCACAGACUGUUUGUUCAUGUACGCCGCCUGGUGGCAAAAGGAUAUAAGGUGGGAGUUGUGAAGCAAACUGAAACUGCAGCACUAAAGGCCAUUGGAGACAACAGAAGUUCACUCUUUUCCCGGAAAUUGACUGCCCUUUAUACAAAAUCUACACUUAUUGGAGAAGAUGUGAAUCCCCUAAUCAAGCUGGAUGAUGCUGUAAAUGUUGAUGAGAUAAUGACUGAUACUUCUACCAGCUAUCUUCUGUGCAUCUCUGAAAAUAAGGAAAAUAUUAGGGACAAAAAAAAGGGCAACAUUUUUAUUGGCAUUGUGGGAGUGCAGCCUGCCACAGGCGAGGUUGUGUUUGAUAGUUUCCAGGACUCUGCUUCUCGUUCAGAGCUAGAAACCCGGAUGUCAAGCCUGCAGCCAGUAGAGCUGCUGCUUCCUUCGGCCUUGUCCGAGCAAACAGAGGCGCUCAUCCACAGAGCCACAUCUGUUAGUGUGCAGGAUGACAGAAUUCGAGUUGAAAGGAUGGAUAACAUUUAUUUUGAAUACAGCCAUGCUUUCCAGGCAGUUACAGAGUUUUAUGCAAAAGAUACAGUUGACAUCAAAGGUUCUCAAAUUAUUUCUGGCAUUGUUAACUUAGAGAAGCCUGUGAUUUGCUCUUUGGCUGCCAUCAUAAAAUACCUCAAAGAAUUCAACUUGGAAAAGAUGCUCUCCAAACCUGAGAAUUUUAAACAGCUAUCAAGUAAAAUGGAAUUUAUGACUAUUAAUGGAACAACAUUAAGGAAUCUGGAAAUCCUACAGAAUCAGACUGAUAUGAAAACCAAAGGAAGUUUGCUGUGGGUUUUAGACCACACUAAAACUUCAUUUGGCAGACGGAAGUUAAAGAAGUGGGUGACCCAGCCACUCCUUAAAUUAAGGGAAAUAAAUGCCCGGCUUGAUGCUGUAUCUGAAGUUCUCCAUUCAGAAUCUAGUGUGUUUGGUCAGAUAGAAAAUCAUCUACGUAAAUUGCCCGACAUAGAGAGAGGACUCUGUAGCAUUUAUCACAAAAAAUGUUCUACCCAAGAGUUCUUCUUGAUUGUCAAAACUUUAUAUCACCUAAAGUCAGAAUUUCAAGCAAUAAUACCUGCUGUUAAUUCCCACAUUCAGUCAGACUUGCUCCGGACCGUUAUUUUAGAAAUUCCUGAACUCCUCAGUCCAGUGGAGCAUUACUUAAAGAUACUCAAUGAACAAGCUGCCAAAGUUGGGGAUAAAACUGAAUUAUUUAAAGACCUUUCUGACUUCCCUUUAAUAAAAAAGAGGAAGGAUGAAAUUCAAGGUGUUAUUGACGAGAUCCGAAUGCAUUUGCAAGAAAUACGAAAAAUACUAAAAAAUCCUUCUGCACAAUAUGUGACAGUAUCAGGACAGGAGUUUAUGAUAGAAAUAAAGAACUCUGCUGUAUCUUGUAUACCAACUGAUUGGGUAAAGGUUGGAAGCACAAAAGCUGUGAGCCGCUUUCACUCUCCUUUUAUUGUAGAAAAUUACAGACAUCUGAAUCAGCUCCGGGAGCAGCUAGUCCUUGACUGCAGUGCUGAAUGGCUUGAUUUUCUAGAGAAAUUCAGUGAACAUUAUCACUCCUUGUGUAAAGCAGUGCAUCACCUAGCAACUGUUGACUGCAUUUUCUCCCUGGCCAAGGUCGCUAAGCAAGGAGAUUACUGCAGACCAACUGUACAAGAAGAAAGAAAAAUCGUAAUAAAAAAUGGAAGGCACCCUGUGAUUGAUGUGUUGCUGGGAGAACAGGAUCAAUAUGUCCCAAAUAAUACAGAUUUAUCGGAGGACUCAGAGAGAGUAAUGAUAAUUACCGGACCAAACAUGGGUGGAAAGAGCUCCUACAUAAAACAAGUUGCAUUGAUUACCAUCAUGGCUCAGAUUGGCUCCUAUGUUCCUGCAGAAGAAGCGACAAUUGGGAUUGUGGAUGGCAUUUUCACAAGGAUGGGUGCUGCAGACAAUAUAUAUAAAGGACGGAGUACAUUUAUGGAAGAACUGACUGACACAGCAGAAAUAAUCAGAAAAGCAACGUCACAGUCCUUGGUUAUCUUGGAUGAACUAGGAAGAGGGACGAGCACCCAUGAUGGAAUUGCCAUUGCCUAUGCUACACUUGAGUAUUUCAUCAGAGAUGUGAAAUCCUUAACCCUGUUUGUCACCCAUUAUCCGCCAGUUUGUGAACUAGAAAAAAAUUACUCACACCAGGUGGGGAAUUACCACAUGGGAUUCUUGGUCAGUGAGGAUGAAAGCAAACUGGAUCCAGGGAGAAAUUAUAGGCCUGGUAUGGUGGUUCAUGCCUGUAAUCCCAGCACUUUGGGAGGCCAAGGCGCAGCAGAACAAGUCCCUGAUUUUGUCACCUUCCUUUACCAAAUAACUAGAGGAAUUGCAGCAAGGAGUUAUGGAUUAAAUGUGGCUAAACUAGCAGAUGUUCCUGGAGAAAUUUUGAAGAAAGCAGCUCACAAGUCAAAAGAGCUGGAAGGAUUAAUAAAUACGAAAAGGAAGAGACUCAAGUAUUUUGCAAAGUUAUGGACGAUGCAUAAUGCACAAGACCUGCAGAAGUGGACAGAGGAGUUCAAAAUGGAAGAAACACAGACUUCUCUUCUUCAUUAAAAUGAAGACUACAUUUGUGAACAAAAAAUGGAGAAUUAAAAAUACCAACUGUACAAAAUAACUCUCCAGUAACAGCCUAUCUUUGUGUGACAUGUGAGCAUAAAAUUAUGACCAUGGUAUAUUCCUAUUGGAAACAGAGAGGUUUUUCUGAAGACAGUCUUUUUCAGGUUUCUGUCUUCCUAACUUUUCUACGUAUAAACACUCUUGAAUAGACUUCCACUUUGUAAUUAGAAAAUUUCAUGGACAGUAAGUCCAGUAAAGCCUUAAGUGGCAGAAUAUAAUUCCCAAGCUUUUGGAGGGUGAUAUAAAAAUUUACUUGAUAUUUUUAUUUGUUUCAGUUCAGAUAAUUGGCAACUGGGUGAAUCUGGCAGGAAUCUAUCCAUUGAACUAAAAUAAUUUUAUUAGGCAACCAGUUUAUCCACCAAGAACAUAAGAAUUUUUUAUAAGUAGAAAGAAUUGGCCAGGCAUGGUGGCUCAUGCCUGUAAUCCCAGCACUUUGGGAGGCCAAGGUGGGCAGAUCACCUGAGGUCAGGAGUUCAAGACCAGCCUGGCCAACAUGGCAAAAACCCCAUCUUUACUAAAAAUAUAAAGUACAUCUCUACUAAAGAUACAAAAAAAUUAGCUGGGCAUGGUGGCGCACACCUGUAGUCCCAGCUACUCCGGAGGCUGAGGCAGGAGAAUCUCUUGAACCUGGGAGGCAGAGGUUGCAAUGAGCCGAGAUCACGUCACUGCACUCCAGCUUGAGCAACAGAGCAAGACUCCAUCUCAAAAAAAAACAGAAAAAAGAAAAGAAAUAGAAUUAUCAAGCUUUUAAAAACUAGAGCACAGAAGGAAUAAGGUCAUGAAAUUUAAAAGGUUAAAUAUUGUCAUAGGAUUAAGCAGUUUAAAGAUUGUUGGAUGAAAUUAUUUGUCAUUCAUUCAAGUAAUAAAUAUUUAAUGAAUACUUGCUAUAGA